UAUCCUCUUCAGCUUCUCAAUCAUCUGCUCAUUCCUCCUUACACAGGUUUACCUGUCUUUUCCAAAAUGGCUCCACUCCUGAACAGCAUACUCACCGUGAUCAAGGUGUUCCAGAAAUAUGCUAAAGAGGACGGGGACUGUGCUCUGCUGUGCAAGACGGAAUUGAAGCAGCUGCUCUUGGCUGAGUUUGGAAACAUCCUCCGGAGACCAAAUGACCCAGAGACUGUGGAAACCAUUCUGAACCUCUUGGAUAAAGACAGAAAUGGACAUGUUGAUUUUCGUGAAUAUCUCUUGCUGGUGUUCCAGUUGGUCCAAGCUUGCUAUAAUAAGGAAGAAAACAAGGCAUGUGGAGGUAGAACCUCCCAGCAAGAAGGGGAGCAGGAGGGAACACAAGACCACAGCUUUCCAGGAAAUACAGGCAGACAACAUAGGCAGAGGCAUGAGGAAGCAAGGCAGGACUCCCACCACCGUCAGUCUGAGAGACAAGAUAGGGACUCCCACCAUGGUCAGUCUGAGAAACAGUAUCAGGACUCCCACCAUGGCCAGUCUGAGAGGCAGGGUCAGGACUCCCACCAUGGCCAGUCUGAGAGACAGGGUCAGGACUCCCACCAUGGCCAGUCUGAGAGACAGGGUCAGGACUCCCACCAUGGUCAGUCUGAGAGACAGGGUCAGGACUCCCACCAUGGUCAGUCUGAGAGACAGGGUCAGGACUCCCACCAUGGCCAGUCUGAGAGACAGGGUCAGGACUCCCACCAUGGCCAGUCUGAGAGACAGGGUCAGAACUCCCACCAUGGUCAGUCUGAGAGACAGGGUCAGGACUCCCACCAUGGCCAGUCUGAGAGACAGGGUCAGGACUCCCACCAUGGUCAGUCUGAGAGACAGGGUCAGGACUCCCACCAUGGCCAGUCUGAGAGACAGGGUCAGAACUCCCACCAUGGUCAGUCUGAGAGACAGGGUCAGGACUCCCACCAUGGUCAAUCUGAGAAACAGAGUCAGGACUCCCACCAUGGUCAGUCUGAGAAACAGAGUCAGGACUCCCACCAUGGUCAGUCUGAGAGGCAAGGUCAGGACUUCAGCUCUGAUCAAAGACUGAAUCAUAAAUCUAGCAGUGACCAGACUAAAAGAGAAGGAUAUUUAUUUGCUUUAAAUCAAUAUGAAACACAAGUUCAGGAUUCUCAUGAUGGCUGGUCUGAAGGACUUAGACAACAACAAAGCCAGCCUAUAAGACUUAGAGAGGAUUCAUGCUGUAGCCAAAGAAACCAACAGGAAUCAGGCUCUUAUUAUGGGCACUCUGCAAGGCUGGGUCAGGAAUUAGGCUAUCAUCAGAGAGACAGGCAAGAAUUUGAUUCCCACUAUGGACAGGCAGACAGACAAGGCCAGAGUUCCCACUAUGGUCAGGCAGACAGACAAGGCCAGAGUUCUCACUAUGGUCAGGCAGACAGACAAGGCCAGAGUUCCCACUAUGGUCAGGCAGACAGGCAAGGCCAGAGUUCUCACUAUGGUAAGACAGACAGGCAAGGCUCAAUCUCUCAAUAUGACCAGACAGACAGACAAGGCCAGAGUUAUCAUUAUGGUCAGGCAGACAGACAAGGCCAGAGUUCCAACUAUGGACAGGCAGACAGACAAGGCCAGAGUUCCCACUAUGGUCAGGCAGACAGGCAAGGCCAGAGUUCUCACUAUGGUCAGGCAGACAGACAAGGCCAGCGUUCCCACUAUGGUCAGGCAGACAGACAAGGCCAGAGUUCCAACUAUGGACAGGCAGACAGACAAGGCCAGAGUUCUCACUAUGGUCAGGCAGACAGACAAGGCCAGAGUUCCCACUAUGGUCAGGCAGACAGGCAAGGCCAGAGUUCUCACUAUGGUCAGGCAGACAGACAAGGCCAGAGUUCCCACUAUGGUCAGGCAGACAGACAAGGCCAGAGUUCCAACUAUGGACAGGCAGACAGACAAGGCCAGAGUUCCAACUAUGGUCAGGCAGGCAGACAAGGCCAGAGUUCCCACUAUGGACAGACAGGCAGACAAGGCCAGAGUUCUCACUAUGGUCAGGCAGACAGACAAGGCCAGAGUUCCCACUAUGAUCAGGCAGGCAGACAAGGCCAGAGUUCCCACUAUGGACAGACAGACAGACAAGGCCAGAGUUCCCACUAUGGUCAGGCAGACAGACAAGGCCAGAGUUCCCACUAUGGUCAAGCAGACAGGCAAGGCCAGAGUUCUCACUAUGGUCAGGCAGACAGACAAGGCCAGAGUUCCCACUAUGGUCAGGCAGACAGACAAGGCCAGAGUUCCCACUAUGGACAGGCAGACAGGCAAGGCCAGAGUUCCCACUAUGGACAGGCAGACAGGCAAGGCCUGAGUUCUCAAUGCAGUCAGUCAGAACCUGGGGAAACAGGGCAAAAUAGGUGCUUCCAAGGGAAUGAGCGAACAAGCAGAGGCUCAUAUGUUGAGCAAUCAGGAAGUUCAGGGAGACCCACUCAACAGACUCAAGGACAAAAAGUGAACCAAAAUCAGGGACAGAGAUUUCCGUCUAGGCUAGAGCAGCAGAACAGUCACCAGGCAUGGGAGCCUGAGGAGGAUUGCCAACACCACCAACACAAACUUGUAGCACAAAUUCAGCAAGAAAGGCCACACUCUCACAAAGGGAGUGAUAGGCAGGGUCACAGAGAGGCCCAGACUAAGGAGAGUCAUGGUGAGAGACAGAGCCACCAGGUAGAGGAAGAGAAGGGUCACCAAAUCAGGGGUAGACAUGGUCAUGAGGGUCAGGAAACUCCAUGUGAGACACGGGGCAGGCAAACCCAUGAAGAUGAGCAGAACCGCCAGAGACAAGACAGGCAACCUCAUGAAGAAGAUCAAAACCGUCAGCAAACCCAUGAGAAGAAAGAGAAAUAUCAAGGGUCCCAGGAUCGACAAUCCCAUGGAACCCAGCGAGGCAGUGCUAACAGAGAAAAAUUCCACAUGAAUGAGGAUGACCAGAGCCAAGGCUCCCAGGGAAGACACAGUGACCUGGCCUUCCAUCCAACCCAGAGCAGGGGGAGGCCCCAAAGAAGAGAAGAGGGUGGAAGUCACCCUACCAAGGCAGCAAUUGCUCCCAACCCCCUCUACGACUAUCUCCAAGAGCAGAGAGAGCAUUGGCACUAGGCCUUAUUGCACAACAGAGCUACUGCCAAAGAAGAAAUCUACAGGUCAAGUUCAUAUUUACUUCUGUUUAAGAGAUUGAAAAUGUAUGUCUUCCUUCUCUCCUCUACUUUCUAUCUACUUGCAAGGAUGCUUUUGAGGAUUAGCAUUUACUUUUAGGGCAUGUCAGUUCUUUGAGCAGCAAAUCCAGGGUGUUCUGGCGGGGUGAAAUCUGAGUGGUAAAUUGGGUGAAAUAAUCAGAUCCCAAUUUUGAUUAGCUUGGGGAUUUAAAUCAUUUCCUGGUUUGCCCUCCAUGUACAUAGGGCAUGGUUGGGUCACUGAAAGGUCGAAACUUCUCCCAAAAUUCAGAAACAGGAAAGGUAUUCAGAAGAUACCCAUCACAGACUGAGAAGAGGCUAUCCAGGCUUCAGUGAGCUUUGGCUCCUGUGGAUGAAACAUCAGGAAUUUCAAGCCUCAUAGUCUACACUUAAAUGAAACACAGUGAGAGGCUGCUAGGAGAGUCAGAGACCACAGCGGACAUUUCUGAUUCACAACACCUCCAGCGCCCAGGCUCCUACCCUUCAUCAGAGGGACUGUCCUGGCUCCUAGCACUAAAGCUGACUAGACUGGUUUUAGCUCAAUGUCUUUCUAGUUUCUGAUCAUAUAAAAUAGAGAGGAAGCAAAUGUCAUCUGUUUUCAGAUCCUAAUGAACCAAAAUUGUUGACCCAAAGAUACUGGGGCCUGAAAACCCUUCAGAAGGAAAUCCGUGGAAUUGUAUUUAAAUGCCCAAUAAAUGAUUGGUGAGCAAUGA